CGGGGCUCAGUGUCUGUCGGGUCGGCGGCGGGAGCUGCCGGAGCCCGGCUCGGCUGCAGCGGCGGCCGCGGACGCCCGGCCCGGCCCCUCCCGGCUGCAGCAUGGAGCUGCCGGCGGUGGGGGAGCACGUCUUCGCGGUGGAGAGCAUCGAGAAGAAGCGGAUCCGAAAGGGCAGAGUCGAGUACCUGGUGAAAUGGAGGGGAUGGUCGCCCAAAUAUAACACGUGGGAGCCGGAGGAGAACAUCCUGGACCCUCGGCUGCUCAUCGCCUUCCAGAACAGGGAGCGGCAGGAGCAGCUGAUGGGAUAUCGCAAGCGGGGGCCCAAGCCAAAGCCGCUGGUCGUGCAGCUUCCCUCCUUUGCCCGCCGCUCAAACAUCCUCACGGGGCUGCAGGACCCUGCUGUGGACAACAGGCCAAAGCUGGAUCUCGGCUCCUCCGGCAAGAGCCAGCAGCACCAGUAUGAACUCAACAGCAAGAAGCACCACCAGUACCAGCCCAAUGGCAAGGAGAGCAGCAUGAAGCACCAGUCCCACAGCAAAGGGAAGUAUUACUACCAGCUGAACAGCAAGAAGCAUCACCACUACCAGCCAGACCCCAAAAUGUAUGAGCCCCAUUACCAGCCCAGCAGUAAGGAGCCACAGAGCCAGGCCUGCUUGGACAGUAACAAGAGCCCCUUGGUCACCCACCCAGACAAGUGGGCUCAUGGCCCAGCCAAAAACCUGCUGGGCCCAGUCAAGAACCUUGCUACUGAGAGCAAGAAUGGGGCCGAGAAGAACCUGUCCAGUGGUACAGGGCCUCCCCCCAGGGACAGGGUGACCAGCAAUGGCCUCGGGGGCAAGAUGAAGAUUGUCAAGAACAAAAACAAGAAUGGGCGCAUUGUGAUUGUCAUGAGCAAGUACAUGGAGAACGGGAUGCAGGCUGUGAAGAUCAAGUCUGGGGAGGCACCCCGGAAGCGGGCUGCAGAGGAGAGGACUCCUAAGAAGGGUGGGGAGGAAAAGCUGGAGACUUGGAGGAAGUCAGGGGAGGAGAGGGUGGUGGGCAGCAAUGCCCUGGGCAAAGCGGAGGGCGAAGGCCGGCAGCCCCCCACGGAGCUCGAGGAAAGUCCCCAAAAGACUCCCCUGGCCAAGGAGCUGCCCCUUCCUCCAGUGGAGCAGCCCCUGCAGCUCACCACCAAGCCGGACCUCGUGCCCUGGUCCUUGGGUCCCGUCUGUGAGCACAGCCCUUCCUCCAUGGGACUGAACCUCUCCAGCCCCAGCUCGCGGAAGCGCUGCCUGUCGGAGCCAUACGCGGAGCAGGAGCUGGGCAAGAAGCGCCUGACCUCCCGCAGCAUCAGUGCCCCCACCUGCCUCAGCCCCCCAGCCCCAGAGCGGCCGGAGCCACCCACCCCUGCCCAGCCGGAGGUCAUCCUGCUGGAUUCGGACCUGGACGAGCCCAUAGACUUGCGCUGCGUGAAACCGCGGCCGGAGGGCGAGCUGGCCUUGGCACAGGUGAAGCCAGAGGUGCCACCGGUGCCAGCCGAGGCACCGGCCGCUGAGCCCCCGCAGCCCCUGGAGGCUGUGGAGGAGGAGGAGGAGGCCGAGUCCCUGCAGGAAUUCAAGCCCUUCUUUGGGAAUAUAAUUAUCACAGACGUGACAGCAAACUGCCUGACUGUGACUUUCAAGGAGUAUGUGACGGUGUAAGGUGGGACAGCGGCUGCUCCCUGUGGGAGCUGCCUGCCUGUCCGGGUGUCACCGGCCCCCAUGGCCUCCCAACAAGGUACUGGUGCCCCUUCCCUGGAGCCCACGUGCCCCUGCCCAUGCCGUGGCGGCCGAGCCAGCCACCUCCAGAGUGGGGACACGGGGGGCUGGGCAUAGUGACCGUCCCUGCCAUGCGGGGUGUCUUCGCCGCUGCUCCCGCCCCGCAGUCCUGGGCUGUCCCGGGACCUGUGAGCAGCGGGUCAGGUGAGGAAGGGGCCCAUCAGUUACUCAGAGUUAUAGUAUUAUAUUUUAACAGUGCUAACUUGUCGAGUGAUUCUUGCUCCCGUUUGUACGUGGUGUUAUUGAAAUGUAUUGUUUGAGCUGAAAGCUGGUCACUCUCCGGCCACGCUAAUAUAUUUAUUUGUAGGUAUUUAUAUAAUGAAAUAUAAAGCCUAGAUUUAUGGAGUCCCUAGAACACCUUAUAAACUAUAUCAAACAAAUAUUUUCUGUUCUCCUUUUUAACCAUUCAGCAUUUGUUAGUCUCGUCCCCUUGCCCUCCUUAUGACCCGCAGGACCAUCCCUGGUAUAUAUUUUUUGAUACUGUACACGUGGUGUUUCUAUGUGCAAAAAAAAAAAAAUCGUUAUCUAAAGCUAAACAAGCUAUUAUAGAAAUUGCUGCUAUUAGAAAUGUCUAAACUAUAAGCUUCCAAUUAUUAAUUGCUUGAAUGUAAAUAUUAAAUGGAGAUGUUGAAAGUGCAUUUGAUGUUCUGCAGCUAGUGUAGAUCUGAUUGCAAAGCCCAGCUGCUGGGAGGUGGAGCUGCCAGCGGCGCUGCCUGGUCCGAGGGCUGUGUCACAGGGGAAGAAAUGUAUCAUGCAAUCAUUGCAAAGGACUAUAAACCUUUACAAAAACUA